UUCUUCCUUACAUAUAUUACUUAAUCCUGUGGGUGUCUAAAAUGAUUCUUAAAAAUUUUUUUUUAAUUACUCAAGCUGGAGAGAAGGGAAGUUCCGACUUGCUGCGUGAUCCACGAGGAUUUGCCAUGAAAUAUUAUACAGACGAAGGCAAUUGGGACUUGGUCGGCAACAAUGCCCCAAUAUUCUUCAUUCGAGACCCAAUCCUCUUCCCCAGUUUUAUCCACAGCCAAAAGAGAAAUCCGAGGACAAAUCUGCACGACCCAAAUAUGGUUUGGGAUUUUGUGUCGUUGAGGCCUGAGGCUAUAAACAUGAUAUUGAGGAUAUUUUCUGAUUUGGGAACGCCUGAUGGGUUUAGAAAGAUGCAUGGGUUUGGAACUAAUACGUUCAAAUUGGUCAACGCAAACGGAACAGCCGUUUAUUGCAAAUUUAAAUUAGAAUCGGUUCAAGGUGUUCACAAUUUAACAGCAGAAACGGCUGCAAAGUUAGCACAGGAAGACCCAGAUUAUUCUACGAGAGAUUUAUUUAAUGCCAUUGAAAGAGGAGACUUCCCUAAAUGGAUUUUUAAAAUACAAGUAAAUUAUAAAGAGAAAAAUCAGAAUUUUUACAAUCAGAAUUCUGAUUUUAGUAGAAUUUUGAAAUUCUGA